AUGGGCCUGGGACCGAGAUUCAUGUCAAUUUAUAUUCACAAGCUAGCUAUUGAACGACGUAUUUAUUAUGAUGAAAUUGAGGGCCUGACAGUGGAGUGGCUUGAUGCUACAUCCACGUUGGUGAUCAGUUUAUGUACAAAUAAGCGCUUCCAUAGGAGAGGUAGUCCAGGGAAGGGCAGAACACUUGAAGAAGUUGCAUUGAUUAUUAGUCCGUAUGACCUGGAGCCAAAACUAGAUUUCGCCAGAGACAUUUGUAACAAGAACUCUGUUUCGCCAAUCGAAGGAAAUAUUUCAAAGUUUGGCACUUCAGGUACAAUCGAUAUCAUACCUGCUGUUUUUCCGCUCACAGUGAGUCUCCUUUCAACAAUCCCUAUAGCUCUUCAUGCAAUUGGUGGAGAGGAUGGGCCCACUGAUAUGGUAGCAAGGCUGUAUAUGAGCUCAUAUUUUAGUUAA